GAAGAUACUAAGUUAAGAGGCAGUUUUUGUGUGCAGUUUGCGCAGCUUCAUUCCAUGUUAAAGCUCAUUAAACCCUUGGCGAGGAGGAUUCAUGGUUGCACCCUACCGAUCUUCCUCGCGUCUUUAAACCCCUCCCCCCCCCCCCUUUCCUAUCCACACCCGCCUUCAUCGCAAGGUUACAUCAAGGCCACUUUGGUAGGUGGAUUUUUGCGUAGUUUCUGCGAUUUGCGUCGGAUAUUCUCUUUCGAGGUGGCUAUGGCGGCAGUAAGAGCAAUUGUAAGAGGAGGCGCCCUCCGCUUGCCACAAUGUGCGAGUUCAGUGGUGGUUAAGGGGUACCAGAGAUCGGCAUUGUCAUCCACCGCUUCCCUCUGCUUGAAGGUAGCACCGCUGCGGCAGUCUUUCGUACAGGGGCCCAUUGUGCAGACCCGGAAAUACCAGGGCUGCAGGGUUGUGUCUGCAGAAUACUCAGUGGUGGAGGAGGGAGCGGCUGGGUCCUUGGAGUACAGGGUCUUCUUCAGUGACAAAUCUGGCAAAACUAUCUCACCAUGGCACGACAUUCCACUCUACGCUGGAGACGGGCUUUUCAAUUUCGUUGUUGAGAUCCCGAAGGAGACUAGUGCGAAGAUGGAGGUGGCCACUGAGGAGCCCAAUACUCCCAUCAAGCAGGACACCAAGAAGGGAAAGCUCCGAUUUUACCCCUACAACAUCAACUGGAACUACGGGCUUCUUCCUCAGACAUGGGAGGACCCUUCUCACUCCAACCCUGAUGUAGAGAAUGCUUUUGGUGACAACGAUCCAGUCGACGUUGUUGAGAUUGGAGAGAGGCAAGCCAAAAUUGGAGAGGUCCUUAAGGUGAAGCCCAUCGCAGUCUUGGCCAUGAUUGACGAGGGUGAGCUCGACUGGAAAGUUGUGGCCAUCUCCACCGACGACCCCAAGGCUGAUCUGAUCAAUAAUGUAGCCGAUUGCGAGAGGCAUUUGCCAGGCACUUUGACCGCAAUCAGGGACUGGUUCAGGGAUUACAAGAUCCCAGACGGAAAGCCCGCCAACAAGUUUGGACUUUGCAACAAGCCCGCCGACAAGGACUAUGCACUGAAGGUAAUUGCGGAAACCAAUGAGGCAUGGGCAAAGCUGGUGAAGAGGGUUGUCCCAGCUGGAGAACUUUCCCUUGUUUAGAUCCAUUUCACACCCUUCUGGACCCGGUGUUCAAUCUUGCAACCAGAUUAGAUCCAUCACAGUAAUCUAUUACUAGCUCUUACAGAAGCUUCAGUUUUGCUAGAGUUUAGUGUUGCGGUGUUUGACUUCUGUAUCUCCUAUCCUCCGAGGAAUUUGUUAUUUCAUGCAGUCAUUUGCAGCAGUAGCAUCUUUCAACCUCGGUAGGUUGUGUAAAUGUAUUGACUUCCUUUUUAGGAGGAUGAGAGCUGUUGGAAGUGUGUAGUUGUGGUAACAUGUGCUUUACUACAAGCCAGCUUCUACCAUGUACUUGAGUAAAUAAUACAACAGGGCAGAAUUUUGCAGUGGAUACAA